AUGGCCUCCGUCUCAGAGAACACCCCUCUUUUGGCCGAGUCGGAGCCCCGAGAGACCAACGAGUAUCAGAUUUCCCAAGACCACUCGGUUACCACUGCUCCAGCGAAGCCAUAUUAUCGGACGAUAGUUGUCCUCACCCACCUCUCAGCGGCCCUUUCUGUCCCCGCCUUUGUCUUAUACUUAACAGUCAGCUCAAUCGACAUUGCUGGACCUGGGGGCUUCUACCUAUCCUGGGAUCUUGCGACGCGCAUCCAUUCACUCGCUAUCACUAGUAUUCUAAGCUUUCUAGCCUCAGCACUCAACCUGGCGCGCCUUAGGCACGCACGUCGCCCGCUCUGGCUCUGGCUAAACCUCCCCAUCGACGCCGCAAUCGCAUUCUCCAGCCUUGUAUUAGUGCCAGGGGCUCUGGCCCUGAAUUUCAACCAGUCUCCUGACUCGUGGCUUCCUGAUCGCGGAGCUGCGGCGACCGCGAGGGCGGUAAUUGUGUUUCUAGCAAAUAGUAAUUUGUUAGCGGCCAGCGUGGAAGGGAUAAUUCAGCAGACUUCUACUCCUACUCCUAUCCCAGGGGCUCUGACGGCCAUGAUCGAAGAAACCAAGAAAGAAGAGGACCAAAACCCAGCACCCCCUAGUUCAGUGAUCCGACCAGAGAAAAGACAGUAA